AUGGGGGUUAUUCGCAAGAAGAUUGCGGGCAGAAGCGGCGAAGGUGGGGUGAAAUAUAUCUGUGAUGUCUGCUCUGUUGAUAUCACAUCAACGGUCCGGAUUCGGUGCGCUGACCCUGCCUGUCACGAUUAUGACCUCUGUGUCCCGUGUUUCGCAAAUGGAUCUUCCAGCAAUGCUCACAAACCCGCGACACACUCGUUCCGAGUCAUCGAGCAGAACUCCUUUCCCAUCUUUGACCCAGACUGGGGUGCCGAUGAGGAACUCUUGCUCCUCGAAGGAGCUGAAAUAUACGGCUUAGGAUCAUGGGCGGACAUUGCCGAUCACAUUGGCGGUUAUCGGACGAAGGACGAGGUUAGGGACCAUUAUCUGAAAGUCUACAUCGAGUCACCCAACUUCCCCCUGCCGGAACGUUGCAGCCCGUACGAUCUUGAAUUACCCAAUUCGAUCUCCCGAGAGGAGUUCCAAGCUCGUAAGAAACGCAGGAUCGAAGAACGGCGAGAGGCUGCCAAGAAUGCUCCCCCCCCUCAGCCCAAGACGAAACCGACAGCUAGCAUUCCAGCUUGUCACGAGAUCCAGGGAUACAUGCCCGGCCGUUUGGAAUUCGAAACCGAGUACUGCAACGAAGCAGAGGAGGCCGUACAGCUCAUGUCGUUCGAUCCCGGCGAUGGCAUCAACCCGCGUACUGGCGAACUGGAGCCCGAAAUGGAGCUGAAGCUUACGGUGAUGGAGAUCUACAACAACCGGCUCACGCAGCGCGUUGAGAGGAAGAAAGUGAUUUUCGAGCACAACCUGCUCGAGUACAGGGAGAACACCAAGGCGGAGAAAAAGCGAUCACGAGAAGAACGCGAGCUUCUCAACAAGGCGAAGCCCUUUGCGCGCAUGAUGAACCGCCAUGACUUCGAGCAAUUUUGCCAAGGUCUUAUCGAUGAGCUUAACCUUCGUCAGGCUAUCGCCCAGCUGCAGGAAUGGCGUAGUAUGCGCAUCGGUGACCUCAAGAGCGGCGAAAAGUACGAGCAGGAGAAGGCCCUGCGCAUUCAGAAGUCUAUGCCCAUGGGUUCCCUCGACCGCGAGAGGCUGGCGACGUCGCAGCGCGGCAAGAACCAGCAGCAGCCCGAGCCGCCAAGCGGUGCCGCACUUCUGGUUGCUCCUGAAUUACCGGCCCGGUACAAGGAGCCGAUCAUCGACGCUAACGGCUUCCCCCGUCCGGAUGCCAACAGACUUACCGUUGACGGCGGUAGUGUUGUUGUCGCGAACGGCACUUCUCAGCCCAAGCCGAAAUAUGUACCUCCGCCGGUGCCGGGUGUUCAGCCCAUGAAUCUUACCCAGGACAAUGCGCCGGAUCUUCACCUGCUGACGCCGGAGGAGAUCAAGCUUUGCGAGACUCUACGGAUCCAGCCGAAGCCGUACAUUAUGAUCAAGGAGCAGAUCCUUAAGGAGGCAGUCAAGGGUAAUGGGAGUCUGAAGAAGAAGCAGGCGAAGGAGAUUUGCCGUCUGGAUUCCCAGAAGGGGGGCAGGAUUUUUGAUUUCAUGGUCAACGCUGGUUGGGUGGUCAAGGCUUGA